UUCACUAUUCGGCCCCCGCUAGUGCAGUCAACUUGAUCUUCUCCGCGAUACUGCCUAUCUAGUAUCCUCUGCAACACAAACAUUUUUUUUGGACAUCUAUCAGAGAAGGGGGCAUUUUCUGGGUGGUUGCCCGAGAUGUAGAGAGAAAGGGAGACAGUGAAAUUGAACCUUGCUCCCCGCGAUGUAUCAAUCGUACCAGUACGGUGGGAAGAAGCAAACGGUUCGUCGCUGUCCCGGCACUCUGUGCUCCAGCUAGUAGUUUUCCAUUCAGUCCCACAUUUCCAAGUUGUAGCGUUACCGUAACCUCAAACAAUACAAGAGUAUAUUGUUCCCCGCUUUGUUAUGGCCGUAAGAUACAAGCGGCGAAGGAGAUGUUAGCUUCCAAAUCCUGCUCAGCCUUCCUUGUGUUGAAUCAACUAAGGAAUGCCAGCGGCUCGACUCCUUCUUAAAUGUAUCAGAGGUGAGAGAGAAUGGGAGCGAACAGUUCUUCAAAGCGGCCAGUUUUUGAUGAAAAGGAGGAUGUGAAUUUUGACCACUUUCAAAUACUGCGUGCAAUUGGGAAAGGGAGCUUUGGAAAGGUGUGCAUCGUACAAAAGCGGGACACAGAGAAAAUGUAUGCUAUGAAGUACAUGAAUAAACAGCAAUGCAUAGAGAGAGACGAGGUCCGAAAUGUCUUCAGGGAGCUGGAGAUCCUGCAAGAAAUUGAACACGUUUUCCUAGUAAACCUCUGGUAUUCCUUUCAGGAUGAAGAGGAUAUGUUCAUGGUGGUUGACCUCCUCUUAGGUGGAGAUCUUCGCUAUCACCUUCAACAAAAUGUCCAGUUUACAGAGGAUGCAAUGAAACUUUAUAUCUGCGAGAUGGCAAUGGCACUAGACUAUUUACAGAGCCAACAUAUUAUCCACAGAGAUGUCAAGCCUGACAACAUUCUUCUUGAUGAGCAAGGUCAUGCACAUCUGACAGAUUUCAACAUAGCAACAAUUAUUAAAGAUGGAGAAAGAGCAACUGCUUUGGCUGGAACAAAGCCAUAUAUGGCUCCGGAGAUCUUCCACUCCUUUGUCAACGGUGGAACAGGAUACUCAUUUGAGGUUGAUUGGUGGUCACUGGGAGUCACUGCUUAUGAACUUCUUCGAGGAUGGAGACCAUAUGAUAUCCAUUCUAGUAUUACAGUUGAAUCCCUCAUUCAGUUAUUCAGUACAGUCAGUGUACAAUACUCCUGUACUUGGACAAAGGAAGUUGUUACUUUGUUAAGAAAGCUACUUACUGUCAAACCGGAGCAUCGGCUCUCCAGCCUUUCAGAUAUUCAGAGCUGUGCUUACUUAUCUGAUGUCAGCUGGGACACUGUCUACCAGAAGAAGAUGGAACCUGGUUUCGUUCCAAACAAAGGUCGGCUGCACUGUGACCCCACGUUUGAACUGGAAGAAAUGAUUUUAGAAUCUAGGCCACUGCACAAGAAGAAGAAAAGGCUGGCAAAAAACAAAUCAAGAGACAACAGCAAGGACAGUUCGCAGUCAGAUAAUGAGUAUUUGCAAGAAUGUCUAGAAGUAGUGAGACAAGAGUUCAUGAUCUUCAACAGAGAAAAGGAGAAAAAUCAGUGCAAAGUUUUACCAAGAUCAAAACCAACAGUUUGGACUGGCAGCUGUCUUCCUUUUAGAAAAUGGUUGAAAAAGAGGCCGGAGGAGCCAUCAAGCUCCAUAUCAAAGACGGAGGAAAAGCCAGAAGCAAUUGCGGAAGAUGAAAGUGGAAACCUGCACAUAUGUAGUUCAGUGUGUUCUUCAACAAGCAGUAGCUAGGACUGAUCUAGCUGCUUGUUCCAUCUGUCUUAAUGUUUCUCAGGCUGCUUCACUGGGCUAACAAGCUUAACAAAGUUUUCAACAGCAUUUGGGGUGGGUGGGUGGAGGGGAGAAACUCAUCCAUGGAACGACAACUAAAACACAUUGCCUAGUGAAUUUACCGUAUUUCACAUAAAGCACUGGAAAAUGAAGAGGUUGAUUCUCUGAAGAACUGAAUGGUAGAUAUUUUCUAUGCAACCAUAUAAUGGCACAUCAUGUCAUCAAUUUAAUAGAAUGUUGAAUGUCUAAAACAAGUUAAAUCUGUAUUUCUUCUUUAGUUUUCUGUGCUUUGUUAAUGUCUUGCUAUUAGUAUGUGAAAAUCUUUACAUGCAAUGGUCCUUAUUAAUCAAUCAAUCUUCAUAGACAUUUGACAUAAAUCAGUUUAAUUUACAAUCACUUUAUUAGAACAAAGGAAGUUCUAAACUAUUGUAAAAUGAAAUUAUCAUACAAUAGGAAUAAUUACAUUUGUUUCUAUCGCAUCAGGAUCUUUCAUACAGGGUGGGAGGGGAAUUAUGGAUUGAACAAUUUUAUGUGUAAAUAGUGACAGCAUUGUUGUGUUUCCACAGUUUUAUGUGGAGAGCUUUGAUAGGAAAAAAGUAUUAUUAAACCAAAUUUUCAUACGGAAGCUUACACUAUUUCCAAAAAAAUGUUUCAAAUGUGCAGGCACAACUAAUGGGCAAGGAGGCCAAAGCUUUUAUAGCACUGACAUUUUCAUUUAUUACAUGCAAUGAGCUAUAUGUCUUUAACAUAUUACUAAAUGGCUUCAAAUGAUAUUAGUAUUAAAUUUGUUAAAUCUAGUGUACACUUUCAAUUUAAAUAACAUGCAGCUUUAUGAGCUACAAAAAUCUAUUAGCAAAGUAGGAAAAAUUAAUACAGUAUGCUUAACUGAUAUUUGGUAUUACAGCUGCUUUUAUGAUAGGUACAAUAAGCAGUUUUUAAAUAAAAAAAAAGAGAACCUCAGAGCUUUGAAGAGCCAGGUGGAAAUUUCAGUCAUUGAAGUUUGCAAAAGUACUUGAUGCACUGGUACUACAUUUUUGUAUGCUCUGGUUUUACAUGAAUUCUUUUUGAGAUAACAGAUCAACACAGAGCGAUUGAAAAUUGCCGACACAGGAAUGUAGUCAUGAAUGCUGGUGUUCAUGUACAAACUUUGCUGACCGCAAUGUCUGCCUUGGGAUGUCAGUAUAUGGCUCAAUUUACUUGAAAAUACCUGUCAGAAAUAAUUGCAUUUUAAAAACCUACUAUAUGUAUUCAAAUGUUAUUUAUGUAUUUUUGUUGCAUGGAUAAUACAUUGUUUUGGACUGAAUCUUGGACCUCGAAAAUAUGUGCAAUGUAAAGGAACUCUUCAAGAAAGGGUUGUAUCUCUGUAGUACUGAGAUGUUGAAUUUUUAAUAUUUAAAUACAUGGCGCAUGAUCCAGUUUCUUGCUGUAUUGGGAAAUAAACACUUGGAAAUAAAUUUGUUCU